UCUCGCGUCGCAACAGCCAAUGCUGCGUCUACUUACAAGAUGUCUAUGUGGUGAUUGGUUAGAAGGCCCGUGACGACACUGCUUUGAACCGGAAGUGGAAGCCAAGCUAGCAGUUGCUAAUGGCUAACAGACAUUGAGGAGAAUAUGUCAGACAGCGAUGGAGCAGCACAGGAGCCAGCUGGCCUGGAGGGUCUGCCGCCGCUUUAUAGCAUCUCCAAGGGAGAAGUGGUCUCCGUGCAGACUUAUGGAGCUUUUGUCCGCCUGCCGGGAUACAAGAAGGAAGGUUUGGUCCACGUGAGUGAAAUGUCCGCCACCCGUGUGGAGAGCGCUUCGGAGAUUGUGGAUGUGGGAGAAAAGGUGUGGAUCAAAGUGAUCGGCAGAGAGGUCCAAGGAGACAAGAUCAAGCUGGCCUUCUCCAUGAAAGCUGUCAAUCAGGGCACGGGGCGGGACUUGGACCCCAACCACGUCAUGGCAGAGCAGGACGCCAGGCGGCGAAGGCAGUUCCGAGAUAACACGGGCAACAGGAUCACGCUGGAGGCCGUCCUGAACACCACCUGCACCAAGUGCGGCUGCAAAGGUCACUUCACAAAGGACUGCUACUCCGCACCGGGACUGCAAUACUCCCUGGUGCCAGAUGAGGUCGAUGGUGAGCCACAGCAGCAGCAGCAGCUGCAGGUGACCUCAGAUGCACCCAAAAAGGACAAAGACAAGAAGAAGAAAAAGAAGGAGAAGAAGAUGAAGAAGAAGAGGAAGAGGGAGCGGAAGGAGACAGAGAGCGACGACAGCAGCGGCGGCGGCGGCGAAUGCAAACCCAAGCGACGAUGCCGCGAGCAAACCCACGAGCGUGAGGAGAAGCAGCAGAAGAAGAAACACAAGAAGCACAAGUCUCACAAACACAGCUGAGAGGUCAGGACUGUUUGGUUUUUUUUGGGUUGUAUUUUUUUAAUUCGUGUGUGCAUCAACUUGAGAUCUUUUGCUUCCCCAAAAAAACAACACACAUCCUUUUAUUUUAUGUCCUGAUGUAACCUUUCAGUUCACAUGCACCUAAACGAUAUAUGGCCUAUUUAGUUUUAACAGGUCUUCACUCCGCUUUCUGAAGCAUCAACGACAGGAAGUGGUAAAGACACUAAAGGUGUAGGAACCUGAGAGCCCGAGGCGACUAGUUGGCCCUCACACUACCUCCGUGUUAACUUUUACCACCUUUAGAAGUCGAUAUUCGCAAACACUUUUGAGGUCAACAAGUACAAAAAGUCUCGUUUUGGCCUUUGAUGCUUUCCAGAUGUUGGCCAACUCACAAAAGGUGAUUCUCUGGCUCUUUUUUUUAUCCCCAGUGGGGUGGAGAAAAUAACAUUUUUCAACAGAUUUAGCAAUAAUUCAUCUCAACGACACAGGAGGAAUUUAUCGGUUUGCGACCAUAGCUAGUUAGCAUGUGUGUUUAUUUGGAAGUUGUGUCAUGGAGCCAACAUUUGCAUGAUUUCAGCUCUUUUACGUGCACGUGUUUUUCCUCAUUAUAACAUGAACAUGUACAAUAUAUCCUUCACAAUAAAAUGACUUCCCUCCAAGCCA